AACCACUCAGAGAAAGUGAGUCAGAGAGUUGCAGAAACGAGUAAACGUAUUUAAUUUUCACAACCUCCAACCCAACCUCCCCUAUAUUCUUUACUUUCUUCCUCUGCUUUCCACACUUAUUCCAACCCUAGAAGAAUUCAAAACUUUAGAUGCAAGAUGGGUUCACCCCACAAGCCCUAUUAACCCAUAAACUUUUCUCAAAACCAAAAUUCAUCAAAAACCCACUUCACCAUGGCCGCUCCAUCCAUUUCCCGUCACUUUAUCACCUUUACUUUCUUCAUUUUCUUCUUCAAGUCAUUAGCUGCAGACCCAAAUCCUUCUUUUUCAUUCACACAGUUUGAGAAAGAUCCAAAAUUUGAGUCCAAUAUCGCUCUUUAUGGGGAUGCAAAGGUUGUUGAUGGUGGGGAUGCGGUUCAACUUACCAGUCCGGUGAGUUCAAGUGCUGGGCAAGUCAUGUACAAGAAACCCAUUAAGCUGAAAGAAGGUAAUUCUAGAAAUAUGGUUUCCUUUUCGACUUACUUCUCGUUCUCUAUGUCUGCGGGCAAUGGUGAUGGUUUAGAUUUCUUUAUGGUUCCAAGUGGUUUUAAUGUUAGUGAGUUUAAUGAUAGUUCAUUUGGAGGCCUUUUAGGAUCUGGAAAGAGUAAAUUUAAGGUUGUUGCUGUCAAAUUUAAUACAUUAAGUGAUGGUAAUAAUGGUUUGGUUAAGACUCAUGUUGGAAUUGGUGUGAGUGGCGCUGUAUCAGCAAAAUUGAGUAAUGUGUCAGCUUAUAAUUUGUCUCGUAUUAGUGAAAAAAUCCAUGCUUGGAUAGAUUAUGAAGCGGGUUCAAGGAGAUUAGAGAUUAGGUUGAGUCAAAAUGGUAGUUUGAGGCCCUCUAGUCCCUUGCUCUCCUACCUAAUUGAUUUGUCCAAAGUGUUGGAGUAUAAGGAAGUUUUUGUGGGCUUUAGCUCGUCAACUGGGAAUUCUACAAAGACAUGUUUUGUGUACUCAUGGAGUUUUAAAUUUAGAAAUGUUCCGAAUUGGAUGCAUUCGGAGCCAUUGGAUCCUAAGGCCAUUGCUAAGAACACCAAAGCUUCAAUAGUUGAAAAGAGGAGUGAUUGUCUGUCGAAAGUGUUGGCUGCAAUGAUUUUUGGUGCUAGCUGUGGGGCAUUGACGGCGUUUACGGUGUUGUAUUUGUGGACAAUCUUUGGUAGUAAGCGUCCGGUAGUGCCAGAGGAAUUUGCCAAGCAGCCCAUGGAUUGUGAGUACAAGAAAGUCCAAGUAGUUGUAGAUAAAGCAGCCAUCAAAGAUGGUAAGAAGUAGGUGUUCGAGGUAUUCUGUUGGAUUCUGUGUUGUAAAUCAGUGUCUUUUGUACUUGUACUUUCAUGUUUUGUUGUAUUGUUCUAUUUUGGUAAUCAAAAUUGUCAAAAUGUAGUUUUUGUUA